CUCUCACUCACUCAGAGACGGACACCAGCAGACGAGUUUGAGCCCGCUAAUCUUGUUAACCGUUGUUCCUCCAGGGGCAGGCUGCACGCGCGAAGAGGCACCAGGAGGACCGAGUCCGGUCUAUUGGCUCACAACAAACGGCUCGUUGGACUUAAUAUCUGGAUACGUCUGCCAUGUCGAAGUGGGCUCUCCGCCCCGGGAUGUCUCGAUGCUGCGGCAGCAUGUAGGGGACCAGACCUUCUCGGAGGAUUUGCCGCUGCGACAAACUUUGCUUUGGGAGUGGAUUCACAUUUUCUGUUUGGCAUAUGUUGACACUCCUGACAGCGCAUGACAAGUAGUCAAUUCUGUACCUCGCAAACCUUUGGUUGCUUUAUGUUGAAACGCUGCUAUAGAUGUGGUCAAUAUGACAUAACUGCUUUUGAAGUGUUCAUGAAGAAUAUUCCUAUUAAUGUGUCCAGCAGCUACGCGGUGUGUCCGUGUGGGUUAUUCGCAGGGCUGCUAUGCAGACUGACUGGAGCCACGCUCAGACAGCCCCACUGUAACCCCAGCUCUGAGGCACAGAAAGAGCCCUUCACAGCGAGUCUCCAAGCAGAGGGGCCACUGAGUAGCAGAUGUUACACAGCUUUGUGUACUAAUGUGGAUUAUUCAGGAUGCUGCUAUGCAGACAGCGUGGAGCCACAGGAACUCUGCUGGUGAAGCUGGAGUAACACACACGGCUGUGCAGAUUCUGUCAGUGCAAUUCAACAGCUUGUGUUAAAUUGUUGGCAGCUGAAGGUUCAUCAAGGAGGAAGGUUUUUUUUUUUGGGUUGAAAACUUAUACUGGUUUGGGUAUGGGUACAUUAUGAGCUGGAAACUUUCCCAUAGACUUGGACCAAAGGUCCCCCUUCACUGUUUUACAGCAUCGAUGCCAAUGCAUGCAGCUGCACAUUUAGAAAAAUGACAGUAAAACUUUAUGUUUUGGAAGCUUUGCGUUCGAGACACACAGUUUAGUUUUACUUGCAUUUUGUUUAGUUGCAAUUAGAUUUGUUAUUAAACUUCACCUCAAUAGCUUGUUACAUAAGCCUAUUGUUGGAAAAUGAAGAAUCCUCAUCUGCUGAGUAAUACCUGGAGUAGAUCCAUUGACAAAGACCCAGUGCUGAUCUCUGUGCCUGCAACAAAUAAGAAGUUCAAGAGGAAGUCUCGGGAGCCUAAGAGGCUUUACAGUGGGCCUGAACCUGAGAGCAUGACAACCUAUGCAGAGAACAUGUCUGAUAGGAACUCAAUAGGCGACAACCAGACACAGGCGUGUAAUGUCAGCAGGUCGGCUCCUCUACAGAGGCAGCUGGUGAUGUCACAUGAGGGGAUGGCCAGUACAACAGGGGUUCUGUCCAGACUACCAGAGGCUAACGUAGCUCCAGCUCAAAGUGCUGCCAUAGACAUGAGAAUUGGCAUUAACGUGCCUGCCAUCACUCACAAACGGUCCCAGUUACCCGCUUCUUCGUUCUCUAACUCUGAGAUCUGCCACUGGCCCACCGCUAUCUCCCAGCCUCUGUCCAAUAGAAUUAAACUGGGCCUUCGCUCCACUUUCCCACCGUCAACAUCCUCCAGCACCAGCCACAGCCAUUCACCCAACCAGCAGGCCUUCUCCCUGGAGCCUCAAACUUCAGCUCUGUCGGUCCCGAGAGUCUGCCAGCCCCCUGUGUGCCACGAUUAUGUGGAUCCCCAGGACCAGUCACCCAAGGAGUCUCCCAGGAUGCAGGCUGGGGGGAGCACUGAUGGACAUGGCCAUCUUCCAGAGGUAAAAGCAAUCCAGCAGACCAGGAGGCUUCUUGCCAACGCCCGAGAGAGAACCCGAGUCCACACCAUCAGUGCUGCGUUUGAGGCCCUGAGGAAGCAGGUGCCAUGUUACUCUUAUGGACAGAAACUAUCCAAGCUGGCAAUAUUACGUAUAGCCUGCAAUUACAUCCUGUCUCUAGCUCAAUUGGCUGAGCUGGAUUACAGCCCCGACCACAACAGCCUGAACUUCUCUCAGUGUGUGGAGCAGUGCACAAGGACCCUGCAGGCCGAGGGCAGGAGCAAGAAGAGGAAGUUCCAGACACCAGAUGUUUAGAGUGGAAGGGAAGUGGAGCUGGCGCCAUGAAGGGCAGAGGGCAGCGAGAAGGCACGCAAACUGAAACCACACAAACGUGCACACACACACACUUGGCACAUUCCCCAGCAGGCUCUCCAACACAUUCCCCCACUCUGCCUCUCCAGGCCAUCUGCUCCAACAUACUUUGAAACAAGGAGGGGAAAAAACACAGUCAUCAUCAGCCUGUCAGACAUCAGCAGCUGGUGGAAAGACAGAAAGGGAGGGGGGUGGCCAUGCAUUUACAUGUGUGUGUGGGGGCUUUGAAGGGGGUUGGGGGGGACACAAAGUUUCCUCAGAGACACUAAGUCUGUGCACAGUUAGCAGGAAAAGAAAAUACUUUUUUUUUACUUCAUGUGAUUUGUUUUUUUUUCUCCACCAUACACUUGUGAUUCCUCUUUUCAAAACCAACAGUUUCUACUACUCAAAUUGUAGUUUAAGUCAAGAAAGAAGUACAUAGUUACUAUUACAACUUAAAUAAAGAAGAAGUUGCACCGUACAACUAAUACACCCAAACAUCCACUGAGCCCACACACCUUAAAUAUAAGAAACAUUUGCAUUGUGAUACUUACUUUCCCUCAUACAUCUCACAAUUCUUGUCUAUGAACCAUAAAUGCAUGGAAAAAUAUAGAUUAAUCUAUAUUCAGUGUAUUUAGAAGAAACCUUUCUUAUGGUGCAGCCUGAUACUGAAAAACUAAAACUGAGUUACGUUUCCUUCACACUACAAUAUACCAUACUGGCAAAGCAAAAACCAAAUUCAAUUCAAUUCAAUUCAAUUCAAUUCAAUUCAAUUCAAUUCAAUUCAAUUCAAUUCAUUUUAUUUUGUAUAGCCCAAAAUCGCAAAUUACAAAUUUGCCUCAGAGGGCUUUACAGUCUGUACACAUGCAACAUCCUCUGUCCCGAAACCCUCACAUCGGCACAGGAAAAACUCCCCAAAAUAUGAAAAAAACCCUUCAAUGGGGAAAAAAGGGAAGAAACCUUAGGGAGAACGUCAGAGGAGGGAUCCCUCUCCCGGGAUGGACAGACUGCAAUGGAUGUCAUGUGUACAGAAUCAACAAUGUAAAAGAUGUACAAUACAUUCAAUUUCUCUAACUGAAAUGAUACAAGUAAUUGCAAGUAGCAGAAGAGGUGUACGGCAGGACCACUGCAGGGACAACCUCCAUCAGAUCGAACCACCAUCCACAGAGGCUUCUGUGGGGAGGGA